AUGGCAGAAAACGUAGAAAUCGAUGAAGUAUUUCUAUUUGCGCAAUUUGGCAAAUUAAUGGAAUUAUAUAGUCAGCAUAAUAAAUUGAAAGAGAGAUUCUUAGAAGAAUAUCCAAAGUCAUCGGUUAUUAAAUAUCCAGCUGAAAGUGAGUGUGAAAGCAUUUCUACAAAAUUUAACCAACGAGCCGGUACUACAAUUUUCAAUCGUGCAUUAGGUGCCAUAGAUGGAACACAUAUACCAAUAGCUGUGCCUGUACGACUUCGUGACCAAUACAUGAACCGAAAGUCAUUUACAUCAAUCAAUUUACAAGCUGUAUGCUCCAGUAAUAAGGAAUUUUUAUCUAUUUGUGUUGGUUUCCCAGGAUCGGUGCACGAUGAGCGGGUUCUACAAAGCAGUGAAUUAUUUAAUUUGCAAAAUUUUCCUCCACCAGGCUACUACCUGCUAGGCGAUAGUGGAUACUGUUGUCGGACUAGUCCAAUAGCAAUUCUCACUGCAUAUAAAAGAUUGCAGCCGUUAACAGCAAGACAAAAGAAAUUUAACGAGCUUCAUAGUAAGGCUCGUACUGUUAUUGAAUGUACAUUUGGUGCAUUGAAAAUACGUUGGCGCUCAAUUUUUGAUAAAGUUCUUAGGUUAAAUCUUGAACACUGUGUUCAAACAAUAGCUGUGGCAGGCAUUAUGCAUAAUAUAUGCCUGAAUGAUGGACUUGAUCUGAUUGAAGUAAAUAACAUCGUGGAGGAUUGUCAUUAUGAAGGAGUUGCUACUAACAAUGAAAAUAUUGAUGCAAUUUCUAUGCGCGAUGAAAUUGCAAACAACAUUCAUAUGUAA